AUGGCAGAUAAUCUACCCACUCCAGAACGCUCCCUCAACGGUCAGGCAGUCUUAGAAGAGGACGAGUACACGGCUGCGCUGUCUCACAUCAUUGCAAGGGACUUCUUUCCCUCUCUCGUUCAUCUAGACGCCGCCCACCAAUACCUCGAUGCCUUGAAGACCGAAGACUCGAGUCUCAUCAACCAAUCUGUGCGCCGCCUCGAGCAACUCUCUAGCACACCAGCGCUCCCACGAAAUGCCGCGACGCCGUCACAGACACCCUACGGACUCGGCGGCGAAACACCCUUGCGCACUCCCCGCACACUCGGCGACGAGCCACCGUCGAAACGCGCGCGCUAUGACCUUGAUAUAAGUUUAGACACGUUCCAGGCACGGUAUACGUCUGAAGAUAACUCGAGCUUCACGAAGAUUUUGGACGACGAGAAUCAGAAACGGAGGGAUAGAUGGGCGUGGGCUUGGGAGGCGCAGCAGAGGGUGGAAGGGCAGAAGGCGAAGGCGAUUGAGGGGAGGGAGAGGAUGCUGAUAGAAGGGCCGAGUGCUACGGGUGUGAGGGAACGGUUUAUGAUCGAUGCACCGAAGCCGGCUGGGUUAAUUACUGAAGGGGAGACAGAGGACGGGGAAUCGAGUGAGGAACGCAACGAGGAAUCAGAGAAGGAGAAGGGCAAGGGUAAAGAGUUGGUACUGCAGUCGGAGGAUGACCAGCCCGUAGAUGUAAUGGCACCCAAGAAGGACACUCGUCCUGCUGGUGUCGAUGGGUGGAGAUUCAAGGCCCGGAAUUCGCUGAUGUUUCCUCCCGAUGCUAACGAGUCACCAUAUCAUCCAUCCACGAGUGCUAUCGCGACGCCGAAUCCCAAGGUAGUCCUGCACAGCAACACACGGUUACCUGAGCAAGAGGAAUCCACAAACUUCUCUCGAAGUUCAUCAGCGCCGCCCAGUCCAACAAGAAGUCGCAUAGACGCUGCGAUAUCCGGUACACCAUAUCGACCCCGUUCGCCUCCUGGUACCUUCUCACUGGUACCAGACCUCCCUUCGCCUACACCUUCAGAAAUUGGGCCGAAAGCUGUUAAACAGCUAAUGACCUGGGGUACACUGAUGGGUACACCGCGAGUCAUCUCAUCUGGAGACGACAUACCUACUCCAAGUACACCCUUCCGGAUAGCCGCUCCAUCUUCUCGCGAAUCCCUCUCUCAUCGCCUUUCCAACGAUGCAUCACGGCGCCUACGAGCUAAGGCUGAUCUGAUAAAUGGUGGUCGAACGCCUAGUCAUCCUUCAGGGAAGAAGCCCAUGUCGGCGUUGGGAGCGACUGUUAGGAAGGGAGUAAUGCCUCCUCCUUCAUGGACGCCUCAACGGAAUGUUGCAGCGACUCCUGGCUCACUCACCCCCGCUGCCAAACGGCUUCUCGACAGGACAACAAUGGGCACCGCUGCCACUAGACGUGCUGAAGCUAUGGCUCGUUCGGCUGGCUGGGAAGACAGGCGGCCCGAAAAAGAGAAAGAACUUGAUAAAGUCAGAUGGACACCCACUCCUAGUCCCGUUACAAGGAGAGUUUUGUAG